CGCGGGCCCUUUAAGAAGCAGCAGGACCGGCGAGCAGAAGCUUGGAAGAGAGCGAACCCUGUCGCCCGCCCCGACUAGCUCGAGAGGACAGGCGCUGGACACCAGACUAGGAAAACCCGGGGGGGUUAUCCAAGCGGGGUCCGAGCGAGACCUCAACCAUCCCUGCGCAACCGUGUCAUCCUUUUUGACCCGAGUCCGGCCUUCUUCUAACUGCCCGCCCUGGCCUAGCCCCGCCCCGGCCCGGGCCACCGGGACAGGGAGCCGGGGCGCCGGUGCCGCAGCCGGAGGCAGGUGAGAGCCGGGAGUGUCCACCUCCCGCGCCGCAGCGCUGAGCAUCCGGGUCGAGCAUCUCCGGUGAGCAUCUCUGCUGAGCAUCCUUGCGACGCACCGGCCGGAGGCACGUCAAGGCCGGCUGCGUGAUGGCGGAGAAGGCACUGGAAGCCGUGGGCUGUGGACUGGGGACUGGGGCUGUGGCCAUGGCCGUGGCACUAGAGGACGGGGCAGAGCCCCCUGUGCUGACCACACACCUAAAGAAGGUGGAGAACCACAUCACGGAAGCGCAGCGCUUCUCUCACCUGCCAAAGCGCUCUGCUGUGGACAUCGAGUUUGUGGAACUGUCGUAUUCCGUGCGGGAGGGGCCCUGCUGGCGCAAACGGGGUUACAAGACCCUCCUCAAGUGCCUGUCUGGUAAGUUCUGCCGUCGGGAGCUGAUUGGCAUCAUGGGCCCCUCUGGGGCCGGCAAGUCCACGUUCAUGAACAUCUUGGCAGGGUACAGGGAGUCUGGGAUGAAAGGGCAGAUCCUGGUUAAUGGGAGGCCACGAGAUCUGAGGACCUUCCGCAAGAUGUCCUGCUACAUCAUGCAGGACGACAUGCUCCUGCCACACCUCACAGUCCUGGAAGCCAUGAUGGUCUCUGCCAACCUGAAGCUGAGUGAGAAGCAAGAGGUAAAGAAGGAGCUGGUGACAGAGAUCCUGACAGCACUGGGACUGAUGUCCUGCUCUCACACGAGGACAGCCCUGCUCUCUGGAGGGCAGAGGAAGCGCCUGGCCAUCGCCCUGGAACUGGUCAACAACCCUCCGGUCAUGUUCUUUGAUGAGCCCACCAGCGGUCUAGACAGCGCUUCUUGUUUCCAAGUGGUGUCCCUCAUGAAGUCCCUGGCCCACGGGGGCCGCACCGUCAUCUGCACCAUCCACCAGCCCAGCGCCAAGCUCUUUGAGAUGUUCGACAAGCUCUACAUCCUAAGCCAGGGACAGUGCAUCUUCAAGGGCGUGGUUACCAAUCUGAUACCCUAUCUGAAGGGGCUUGGCUUGCACUGCCCCACGUAUCACAACCCCGCCGACUUCAUCAUUGAGGUGGCCUCUGGAGAGUAUGGAGACCUGAACCCCAUGCUGUUCAGGGCUGUGCAGAAUGGCCUUUGCACCAUGGCCGAGAAGAAGAGCAGCCCUGAGAAGAAUGAGGUCCCUGCCCACUGCCCCACUUGCCCUCCGGAAAUGGAUCCCAUUGAGAGCCACACUUUCGCCACCAGCACACUUACCCAGUUCUGCAUCCUGUUCAGGAGGACUUUCCUAUCCAUCCUCAGGGACACGGUCCUGACCCACUUGCGGUUCAUGUCACACGUGCUGAUUGGCGUGCUCAUUGGCCUCCUCUACCUACACAUUGGUGAUGAUGCCAGCAAGGUCUUCAACAACACAGGCUUUCUCUUCUUCUCCAUGCUCUUCAUCAUGUUCGCAGCCCUCAUGCCGACCGUGCUCACCUUUCCCUUAGAGAUGGCCGUGUUUAUGAGGGAGCACUUGAACUACUGGUACAGCCUCAAAGCGUAUUACCUGGCCAAGACCAUGGCUGAUGUGCCCUUUCAGGUGGUGUGCCCAGUUGUGUACUGCAGCAUUGUGUACUGGAUGACCGGCCAGCCGGCUGAGACCAGCCGCUUCCUGCUCUUCUCAGCCUUGGCCACAGCCACCGCCUUAGUCGCCCAGUCUUUGGGACUCUUGAUUGGCGCUGCCUCCAACUCCCUACAGGUGGCCACCUUCGUGGGCCCAGUCACUGCCAUCCCCGUCCUCUUGUUCUCCGGCUUCUUUGUCAGUUUCAAGACCAUCCCCACUUACCUGCAGUGGAGCUCCUAUCUCUCCUAUGUCAGGUAUGGCUUUGAGGGUUUGAUCCUGACCAUCUAUGGCAUGGAGCGAGGACACCUGACCUGCUUAGAUGAACAGUGUCCAUUCCGGGACCCACAGAUCAUCUUGCGAGAGCUGGAUGUGGAGGAAGCCAAACUCUACAUGGACUUCCUGGUCCUGGGCAUUUUCUUCCUUGCCCUGCGGCUGCUGGCAUAUCUUGUGCUCCGAUACCGGGUCAAGUCUGAGAGAUAGAGCCUGGCUGCCACCUCUUUGGGGCCGGAAGCCCCCAGCUCCAGCCCUUCGGGACUGUUUUAAACUCAGAGACAUGGGCAUUGGUUGCUGGUGCAGCUGCCCUCCUCUCCCUCGGCUGCUCCACAGGCUGGCUGUGGGCCUGGGCCCCCAGCGCUCCAGCCCUCUCCAUCGAGGCCAGGAGUCUUCCCAAGUUGAUGCAGUUUGUAGCUUCCUCCUUACUCUCUCCAACACCUGCAUGCAAAGACCGGUGGGGGGGGCUGCCCUCCUCUGCGCAAAGCACCUUCCUCUGUUUGCCUGGGAGCCCCGUGUUCCCUAGGCCUUGACUUACAGGCUAUCAAAGUGACCCCCUCUGGGGUCCCCACCACACUAGUGUUUCUAAACUGCUAUCAGGUUGGAGUUCCAGGGCUGGGCCCUGGUGGGGUCCCCAGGGAGCCCCAUUAUGGACAUCGGAUGAAACAAGGAGGGACUCUGGAAGUCUUCUCCUCCUCCCCCUUCCUCCCCACACCCAUUUUGGCUAAUCUGGACAAUCUGUUGGGACAGAAGCCGGGUUUUCUGUCUGGGCCACCACUCCCAAUCCUGGAGAUUGGAGAGACCGUGAGCUGUCCCACCUGCUUCCCUAUACCUUUGGUCUGGGUAAGUCUCAGAGGCGCCUCUGCAAUAACGUCUGUGUCACUCUUUCACCUGCCUCGGGAACUGGAGAAUGCACUUUAUUCUGGGAGGCGGGGGUGAGCCGGGGAAGCCCCAAUCCAACCUCCUUGCUGCUCCUGAGGCUCAGUUCCACGUGCUCAUUUCCUCUCCAGAGUUACAGGCACACGAGGGCAACCAGGCAACCUCAGCCCGACACAUGCACCGUCCCUUACAGCUCAGAGAGAGAGCGAUGGGAUGGUGGCAUGGAGCUGACGGUGGUGGCUGGAGGGCAGUGCCAACGUCCUCCUGGGGAAAUCCCACUUCGGAGGAUAAGUGAGGCUGGUGUGCCCCAGAGUAGCUCCAGGUGUCUGCAGGUGUCUAUCUCCCAGUCUUUCCUCCCCUUAGGGCCAGGGGUGGCACUGGGUACUGGCCUCCUGGAGGCCAGAACCCAACAAGCACAAGAAUGGGCACAGCUGGCCCCAGCCGCUGCUCCACCAUGGCCCUCCUUUUGUGCUCCAAAAGGACACUUGCUCUCCUGCCCCUCCUCCAGCUGUCUGCUGCUCACUCAAACUUCUGUUCACAUAUUCGCAUCUUCCAGUCAGCAGCUGGUUCCUGGACAGCAGGGCCUAGAUGCCAAGGUGGCAGACCCCUGGAGCACUCUGUUUUUCUGGUGGGUCCGGGAUCAUCCUACAUCUGGUUUCCUCUUCCCCAGGACUCCUUCCCCAGUCCCUGCGCUCAUUCCUCUGUACCGGCCGGCCCCAGAUUCUUCUCAUUACACAGAUGCCAGUUGUAUUUGGGGGAUUUCACCCAUUAUUAAUAAAACCUAUAUUUAU